AUGCUGGCAAUCCACCACACUGCCUCAUACACUGCAACCAACUCUAACCUCCACAUUAAGUCCGACUUGAAAUGGUGCAUUGACACACUCUGCCACAACCUGAACACCCUUGAAGACCUAGACUAUAUACAUGCCAAACAUCAAUACAUCACCAAAUUGAUGGUAAGUGCCCUAAGAAACAGAACUCACCCAACCUCCUUUGAAUGGCUCAAAGGCCACAUGGGCAUCCAAGGCAGUGAAGAAGCAGACUCCCUGGCUGCACAAGGCACCCAAGAAGCCCUGGACCCAGGCCCACCUGUGAACCCUCCACCUCCUCAUGUACCCAGCAGUGUUGCCUGCCUAUCCUCCCUGACACAAUCCAUGGCAACAAAACUAAUAUGCAGAAUGAGAGUAGCAAAAAUGACCAAACACAGAGAUAGAGUGGCAGGAAGCAUCACUCACAUACAAUCCACCCUCGAGAGCAUAGAAAACAACAUCCCUGCACAAGACAGAAUCUGGAAAAGUUUAAACAGCAACCAAAGGGACACAUCCCCGGAAAUCAGAAACUUUCUAUGGAAACUCACCCACAAUUGCCUCAAGAUAGGCAACUACUGGUUGAGAAUCCCCAAAUAUGAACACCACAGUGAAUGUGAGCACUGUCAACAAAUGGAGACAAUAGACCACAUACUGUUUGAAUGCCCACAGAACCAUGGCAAAAGGCUUUGGACCAUUGCC